AUGACGAUGGCUCUCCUUCUCUCCGAUUCAGAGUCUCUAACCGCUUCGCCGCCGCCAUCACGGGAAGGACCCGACGCGGCCACCACGGAUGACACUAGCUCGGCCCCGGCCAUCAUAGACACCGGUGACAGGCAAGGCAACCACGCCGAGCAAGUCUGUGCGCCAUCGCCCGUACUGCAUGCUGGCAGUGGUAACAAAAAUGCAUUCAAAACACUAAUUGCCGCGGAAUACAGUGGUGUCAAGGUUGAGCUGGCAAAGGACUUUCAAAUGGGUGUUUCCAACAAAACUACACAGUUCCUCAAGAUGAACCCUAUUGGGAAGGUUCCUAUCCUGGAGACACCUGAUGGUGCUGUUUUUGAGAGCAAUGCAAUUGCAAGAUAUGUUACUCGCUUGAAGGCUGACAACCCACUUUAUGGAUCUUCACUGAUUGAUUAUGCCCAUAUUGAGCAAUGGAUGGACUUUGCUACGACAGAGGUCGAUGCAAACACUGGAAAGUGGUUGUACCCACGUAUGGGGUUUUAUCCCUAUGCUGCUGUGACAGAAGAAUCGGCCAUUGCUGCCUUGAAGAGAGCAUUCGGUUCCCUGAACACCCAUCUUGCAUCAAACACAUUCCUUGUUGGGCAUUCAGUGACUCUUGCGGAUAUCGUGCUGACAUGCAAUCUUUAUUUGGGCUUUAGCCGUAUCUUGACUAAGAGUUUUACCUCAGAAUUCCCUCAUGUUGAGAGGUACUUCUGGACCAUGGUUAACCAACCAAACUUCAAAAAGAUCAUUGGAGACGUGAAGCAGGCAGAAGCUGUGCCACCUGUUCCAAAGAAGGCUGCUCCAGCCAAAGAGCAGAAGCCUAAGGAAGCCAAAAAGGAGGCCCCAAAAGAGGCCCCGAAGCCCAAGGUAGCUGAGAAACCAGCAGAGGAAGAGGAGGCACCAAAGCCUAAGCCAAAGAAUCCCCUUGAUUUGCUUCCUCCAAGCAAGAUGAUUCUUGAUGAUUGGAAGAGGCUGUACUCUAACACGAAAACCAACUUCCGUGAGGUUGCUAUUAAAGGUUUCUGGGACAUGUAUGACCCAGAGGGCUACUCCCUGUGGUUCUGUGACUACAAGUACAAUGAUGAGAACACUGUGUCCUUUGUGACCAUGAACAAGGUUGGUGGGUUCCUGCAGCGGAUGGACCUGUGCCGCAAAUAUGCCUUUGGCAAGAUGCUUGUGGUUGGCUCUGAGCCCCCUUUCAAGGUCAAGGGCCUCUGGCUCUUCCGUGGCUCAGAAAUCCCCAAGUUUGUCAUGGAUGAAGUCUAUGACAUGGAGCUCUACGAGUGGACCAAGGUUGACCUCUGUGAUGAGGCCCAGAAGGAGCGGGUCAAUGCCAUGAUCGAGGACCAGGAGCCCUUUGAGGGCGAGGCCUUGCUGGAUGCAAAAUGCUUCAAGUGA